AUGUAAGAAAUAGCACCAUCUGAAUUAAGUAUGAAUAAUUAUUAUUUUUCAAAAAGCACUAAAACCUCAAAAUCCCUCUCUUUCAAAUAUUGAGAUGGGCUGUAAUUUCUAAUUUUCAAAUUUACUUAUAGAUGACAAGUAGUUAAUAAAUUGAUAUCAAAAUUUUAGAGCUCUGUUAGAAUAGUCUUAGCUAAUCUAAUAAUUAGAAGCGAAACCAUGCCCAUAUAAUGGAAUAAUUUGGAAUUAUAAUUUCAAUCCACCAAGAAAAACAAGAAUAUCAUACUUUAUCUCCUAAAUCAAUUAGAUGGAAGUUUAGUAUAUAUACAAUGGAUUAAUUUUGAGAAAGUAGAGUCAGUGUUAACAUUAGAGAUUAAGUUUAAGGUGCGAAAGUAAAAUCUGAGGUCCUUCACAAUUUAGAAUAAAUAAAAUAUUUAUUUUGGCUCGGAGAUUUUGGCAAUGAUAAUUUUAAAGUCGGAAGCUGGAAGGCUAUUUGGAAAGGAGAAUAAUUAAAACAUGUGGGUGGAUGGUACUCAAAUGAAGGUAAAAAAUAUGGGUUAUGGAAGGAAUUAAUUAAAGAUUAUUGGACGUAAUUUUAAUUAUUAAUUUAUAAGGAAAGCUUAAGUUUAUGAAGUGGGGGGAUAUGAGAAUGACUUUCGAUAAGGACUUUGGAAGCUCAUCUAUCGUGAUAAAUAAAUGUAAAGUAUUGUUUAUUAUUAAAUAGUGGGGGAGGAGUAUAUGAUUAAAAUAGUCAGAAGAAUGGAAAAUGGGUUGAGUUAUGUGAUGGAUUUUGGGACUAUUCAUAAAUCAUAUCUAAUGGUGUAUAUAAGAAUGGGAAAAAAAUUGGAGAUUGGAAUAUUUUUUAAAGGAGUUCUUGGGAUAAGCCAUUCCAAAUAAUGUAUAUUUUUAUAAAUAGAACAUUUUAAGUGGUGGAGGGUGUUAUGAUGGAGUAGGUUCAAGUAAGAUCGGGAAAUGGAUUGAAUUGAAUGAUGGCUGUUAUAAUAAUUCUUUAAUAACAUGUAACGGUGUCUAUUAAAAUAAUAAAAAAGUUGGGAAAUGGAAUAUUUUUUAUAGAUGUAUGUAGAAUAAACCAUUAGAAUUAAUGUAUAUAUUUAUAAAAAGAACAUUUUAAGUGGUGGAGGGUGUUAUGAUGGAGUAAGUUCAAGUAAGAUUGGGAGAUGGAUUGAAUUGAAUGAGGAUUUUGGGGGGUAGUCAGAAGUAACAUUUAUUGGUGAAUAUAAAAAUGGAAAAAAAGUUGGUAAAUGGGAUGUUUUGUUUAGGAAUUAGUAAGAUAAAGCAUUUGAAUCAAUGUAUAUAUUAUUAAAAAUUAAUCUUUUUAGCGGAGGUGGAUCAUUUAAUGAAAGAGGCUCAGUUAAAAAUGGAAAGUGGAUUGAUUUAAGCGAGGGAUUCUGGAAAUUAUCUUAAGUUACAUUUAAUGGUGAAUAUAAAAAUGGUGAAAAAGUAGGCAAAUGGGAUAUUUUUUAUAGGAGUUAAUAGGAUAAAGGAUUUAAAUUAAUGUAUUUUUAUAAUAAGAUCAACUUUUUAGUGGUGGAGGAUCAUAUAAUCAAGUAGGUUCAACUAAGAAUGGAAGAUGGAUUGAGUUAAGCAAUGAGUUUUGGUUUUAUUCAUAAUUCAUUUAAAAUGGUGAAUAUAAUAAUGGAUAGAAGAUUGGUAAAUGGUUGGAAAUUGACAUCAAGACAAACGAGUAACGAAAGGAAAUCAAUUUUUGA